UGAUCACGUGACCUGACUACUACUAGUGACUACCAUUUGAGCGCUUGCUGCAGUGUAACUACUGUGUAAAUAUUGUAAAAUAGUUAUCAAACAAUGAGCACAACGGCCCGUUCCACCCCCAGGGGUGGGAAGAACAACAAAGCGGAGGCGGCUUCGACUCCGAAAACUCAGAAAACAGAAACCAACAAAUCUGAGAGUCCAAAAGUAGCCAACCUUGACAAGUCACAAGUACCCACAGCUGAACAGAUGCGAAUGGCAGAAAUCAUGGAUACCAAGAAAGAUGAUUUGGCUUUAAAAGACAAAAUCAAGCAGGUGAUGGAUGCCACGCAGAAAUCAGAGGAUGAAGUUUGCACUGCUCUUCAUGACUGUGACAAUGAUGCUAACAAGGCUGUUAACUAUCUUUUGGAAGGGAGUCUCAAGGACGAGUGGUCCACAUCAGUUGUCAAGAAGAAGAAGAACAGGACAGCGAGUGCGGCCAAGGGCGCGGAGGCUGUCAACAACCAUACAGAAGCGGAGGAGUGGGAGACUGUGGAGCCAAGUGGUGGAGGGCGGGGCAGAGACAGAGCUAGACAGCGGGGCAGCGGCCCACCAAGACUACGGGGCAGAGGAUCCAUGGAGAGUCAGAGAUGGAGGGGUCGAGAAAACAAAGAGAAUGAACGGAACCUGGAAGACAACUUCAACGGAGAAAGAGGUCGUAGGGGUGACCGUGGAGGUCGUAUGUCCAAUGGUCCAGGCCGAGGAGGUCGCGGAGGCAGGGGUGGUGGACGGCUCGGCUCUCGAACCUUCCAGCGGGGGGAGAGGCCGAGCGGGGGUGGAUUCCCAAGAUCCAUCGAGACCUGGAACAACCCCUCUGCUGAAGACGGUUCCGGGGAAAAAAUGGAAAAUUGGGAUGCUAACGGAGCUGAAGAUUGGGACACGGAAGAGCCCAAAACCAAACAAAAUGAGAACUGGGGUGACGGGUUUCCAUCGCCUGAAGACUGGGACAACGAGGAGUACACCGGCUCGCUGGCUGACAGCAAGGUGUUCACCCCGUCGUCCGGGCCUGACCCGGCGGCACCCCAGGCUGCGGCAGACCCAGACCAACCUGAGGAUGGGUCAGUGGAGCAGCCUCUGCAACCCGUACUGCUGGACACUCAGCAACCGCCCCGACCUGUGCAGAUGCCUCCGAGCCCAGUGGGGGUGAACACUCUAACGCCAGCUCAGUCGCAGUAUCUCAGUCAGCUGACGCAGCAGAGUAGUGACUACAAGGCAAUGACUCAGUCACAACCCCAGCCUCAACAGUACCCCACCACCUACCCCGCUCCUCCCUCCGUCGCCUAUUCAUCCAGCUAUGGUGUCAACACUAACAGCUACAGCUCGUCUCUGCAGGAUGGAACAUCAGCUCCUUCAACACAACCUCUUCCUGCAAGGACCAAGCCUCAGAAGCCCAGGGUUCCUCCUCCGUCAAAGAUACCAUCGAGUGCUGUAGAGAUGCCACCAGGGGAUGCUAUCGCCGUGGCUAUGUUGGACGUACAGUUUGGUGCGAUGGAGUUUGGCUCUGACUCUUCAACGCUAGACACGUCGACGUCACUGGACUCAACUAACACCAAGGCGACUGUAGCGUCUUCUGCGCCCACACCUACCCCCACCGCGCCAACGCCUACCUCGGUAGCAGCCUCGGUAGCCUCCAUCAUGGAGUCGUAUGCUUCUUCUCAGCCUCAGCAAAACAACCUGGCCAACGCCCUUGGGCAGACGCAGAAGCUGGGGUCAGGAGACUCGAUGUUGCCGGACGUGGUUGUGACGCAAGCCAACUCGUAUGCAGCCCAGAGCUCCAGCAGGCCAGCAGUGAGUAGUGUGCUGACAGAACUGACCAACAGCACAGCCAAGUCAUCGGUAGACACUACGUUGUCGUACAACUCCACUGACAGCGCACUCUACCAGUCACAAGCCUAUCAGAAACCUGCCACGGCCAACUACCCCGCGCCAACACCGGUGUCUACCUACAACAGCUCCAACUAUUCCACGUCGCAGGUGACGUCAAGCAAUACAGGGUACAGCUCACAGACUGGCUACACCAAUAGUUACGGAGCCAGUGUGACACAGAGCACGGCGUCGUAUCCUUCGUACACUAGCAACCAGACAUCGUACGCUUACACCGGCUACCCCUCCACCAACAACUACCAGAGCAGUGGCCAGAUGUAUCAGGGCUCAGGUUCGACGACGGGCUACCCAGCGUCUUACCAGAACAGCAGCUAUCCCCCCACAGCAACCGCUCAGCAGAGCCAUAAGAUGAGCUCAGCACUAGGCUCUUCUCAGGCUAAAGACUCACAGUAUGAGAGUGGUCAGGUGAACAGUAAUAGUGUCCCAGCUGUGUCCACAGUCAGUUCAACACCUUCACUUGGACUGUCUGCGACCAGCCAAUCUGCAGCUUCCACCAAAGUCACCGCACUCUCCACAGCCAACAAGAGCGGGCUGGUGGCUGGUAUUCCUCCGCAAGUGCCUCCAAUGAUCAACACCCACCAGUAUAUCAUGGGCCAGGCCGCAGGUCUGCCGUACUUCCAGCAGCCAAUGUACAGCUAUGACGAGCUCAUGCUGCAACAGAGGAUAGCAGCCGCUGCCCCACCUAUGCCAACCGGCUACUUUGACAUGAGUUUCCAGCAGCAAGGAGGAGCGGGCACGUCAGGUAGAGACGCAAGUCUCGGAAACGUCGCAUACUCCAUGUCUGAUGGGAGGUUUGCACGUGCAGACAACGCGUCUCCUGUGCCGUCCACACUCAGUCAGAACGUGACGACGGGACAUCAGCAGCCGAUGAUCAACCCCAGUCUACCUCCAGGCUAUGCCUACAUCUACGGUGGCUUCCCCGCCAACUACGCCCAGUUUACAACGCCCACUGCGCUGUACCCUAUGGCACCAACGGCGGCAGCAGCCAACUCAACGUCAGGUCAGUACAAGGGGCCAGGUUACGGCUCAGCAGCCGGUUACGGGUCUGGCUACGAGGCAGGUGCGGACGGUUACAAGGUCGGGGCUGCCGGCGGCUACUCGGCUACGCCACAGACCAAGGCAGGCGGCACCCCCACCACCUCCGCCGACCUGUAUACCAAAGGCCACGCUACGCUCAACAAGGUUAAUUCGUAUGACAAGGCUGGUUUCCACUCGGGCACACCUCCCCCCUUCAACCUGACUGGUAGUCAGACGGGACUGGCCCCAAGUGGGACGUACGCGCCUCACCUGUUUAUCCCUACGAUGCCUCCUCACCAACAACACCAUUCCGGAGCAACGCUCAUGCAUCAGCCCCUUCACCAGAUUGAGAUGAGGAAUCAUGGGAGGAGAAUGGACGGAGCCACCAACUCAGGUCCUCGCACUCAGUCCACCUCUCAGCCCAACAAAGCUGGCAGCAAGCAGCAGAACUACAGCCCUUCCUUCUGGGCCACCAGCUCCUAAACCUUCUCUCCUUCUUUGUUGUUCUACGGGCUUUGCACUCUCAAUGUCGCCUCUUGAAUGUUUUUGUCAAGGCCCGUCACGGGCCGAUCGGACUCAUACGAUGGAAUAUGUAUUAUAUGUGUAGUUUAGAUUUUUGUUUUUCGUAAAUAUUACCGAUUCGGUCGUAAUCGAUCCAAAUCGUAUUAUUUUUGCCGUAUUUUCUAAUGCAUUUUUGUAGUCUGCAUGAGAGAUAUCGAAUAUCGCUCUCCUUAAUAUUAUCAAAAAGUAUUCGGGUAUCCGCGGAAAUAGCCGAAGACCCGUGUAAAUACAGUUUCACAAGCCCUUUUUUUUAUUUUAGUCUCGCUUAACAGUCAAUAAAAAAAUAAGACUGAUUUUAAUUGAUAGAUAAUUAAUUGUGAAGUGUUGUGCGCUUGUGAAGUUGUGUUACAAGCGUCGCUGGGCCCACAUCUCCAUGUACAGCCUCAGAAAUGUUUGUAGAUAAGUAAGAAUGUGGAUAGUUUACGGUCGGUCAAGUUAUAUUGUGUAUUUAUAUUUACUAAUCAUAACUCGACAGUGAAAUUUCAUUUAAUACAAAAAAGAUAUUUGCUAAA